UCUGCAGGCAACUACAGAGGAAGGACCAACAUUGUCCUUACGAGCUGACAAGCUAAGAGCUCCUGUCAUGAAUGACUACUGUUUCUGACUGUCCAGCCUUCAUUUACCCUCUUCUGGUGAGAAACAGGCUCAGGGAGAUUUGGGCUGUGCCUGGGUUCCACAACCAGCAAGUGACUGAGACAUUGCUUCAUCCAGUUCUUCUGACUUUAAACGCUUCUGCUCUCUCAAGUGUCGGGUGCCGGCCACAGGUUCCCGUCAGAGCUCCUUGGAGUCACCAGCAAACCUGCCUUCUCUUCCUCCUGAUUCUCUUGCCUGGAAUCUGACCUGGAUAAUGAAAGAUUCCUUCCCUUUCCUGUCUCAUCGCAGCCGAUAUGGUCUGGAGUGCAGCUUUGACUUCCCCUGUGAGCUGGAGUAUUCCCCUCCACUGCACAACCUUGGGAACCAGAGCUGGUCCUGGCGCCGUGUCCCUGCCGAGGAGGCUUCCCAGAUGGACCUGUUGGAUGGGCCCGAAGAGGAGCAUGCCAAGGAGAUGCCCAGAGGCGCCUUCCUCCUCCUCAACACCUCGAUGAACUCCAGGCACAGCAUCUUGAGUCCAUGGGUGAGAAGCAGCAGCGAGCACUGCAGGCUGGCCGUCUCGGUGCACAGGCACCUGCAGCCCUCCGGGAGGUACGUCGCCCGGCUGCUGCCCCACAGUGAGGCUGGAAGAGAGAUCCCCCUGGUACCCACUCCAGGAAAGCAUGGUUGGACUGUGCUGCAGGGAAGAAUUGGGCGCCCAGAGAACCCGUUCCGAGUGGCCCUGGAGUACAUCUCGAGUGGAAACCGAAGCUUGUCUGCAGUGGACUUCUUUGCCCUGAAAAACUGCAGCGAAGGAACAUCCCCGGGCUCCAAGAUGGCCUUGCAGAGUUCCUUCACUUGCUGGAACGGAACAGUCCUCCAGCUCGGGCAGGCCUGCGACUUCCACCGGGACUGUGCCCAGGGAGAAGAUGAGGGCCAGCUGUGCAGUAAACUCCCUGCUGGUUUUUACUGCAACUUCGAGGAUGGAUUCUGUGGCUGGACCCAAAGCUCACUGUCACCCCACACGCCCCAGUGGCAAGUCAGGACCUUAAAGGAUGCCCGGUUCCAGGACCACCAAGGCCACGCCCUGUUGCUCAGCACCACCGAUGCCCCCACCUCUGAAAGUGCUACGGUGACCAGCGCUACGUUUCCUGCACCGAUGAAGAACUCUCCAUGCGAGGCAAGUCUCACUGUUCCUCUAGUUCUCUGCCUUCUCCUCCCACCUCUGGGCACUUCCAGAUGAACCCACACAGAUGAGCAAAGUAGCCUGACGGUCGGGCUGCUUGUUCUCUUGCAGGAGGACAAGAGGGCCAUUUGAGCCAACUUCUAGGCAGACAGUACCCACCAACGUGGUAAAGUCCCAUCUGCAGAGAAUCUUACCUUAAACACCAUACUCAGCUUCACUGAACUAUUUGCAAUAGGACCUCGAUUUAAACAAAACCAAAAAGUAUUUCCAAGGCACAGCAGGGGAGGGUAACAGCGACUUACUACAGAAUCCUUUUUAAAAAUGUCAAUCUCUUAUAAUACAUUUUAAAUAUUAUAGAACAUCAAAACUUUGACUUACAUAAAUUUCUCUAAGGCAUCAAUGGCAUUCAGUGAGGUACCUCCAGAGCCACUUAACCAAAUGGUUCGUGUAGCUGUUACCUCUUUAAUGUGAAGACUGCAGGUGCCAUGAUUCUUAACACAAGGUCACAUUCUCUAGGGACCAGGAGAUGUGCUAGACCCCAGCAGGGCCCAGUGAUUAAGCUCGUGGACUCUGGAAUCAACUACCUAAGUCCAAGUCAGGUUCCAUCACUGACUGGCUGUACAAUUUGUUUGAUCAGCUAAUAACCUCUCAGGACCACAGUUUCCCCACCUGGAAAGUAUACAAUAAGAGUGCCUACCCCAAGGAGGGGAGGCUUAAAUGGGUUAAUACGUAAAGGGCUUAUCACAAGGUCUGGCACAACGUAGGUACUACAAUAGUUAACCAACAGUCUCUGGUACCCUGUAUAAUUACGCAAAGGAGAAAGGGGGAGAGGAAGAGGACUUAGCCAAAAACCUGCCUCCAUGCUCUUGGAGAGCCGUGCCGUGCCUGUGCUUCUUUGCACUCUCACCA